AUGGUUGCGACCAAAUGGAUCGCCGAAAUUUGCCAGCGAGAUUGCCGGGAACGUAUCACAAAUUUUGCCAGCGGGAUUGCCGUAACGUAUCACAAAUUUGCCAGCGAGAUUGCCGUAACGUAUCACAAAUUUGCCAGCGAGAUUGCCGUAACGUAUCACAAAUUUGCCAGCGAGAUUGCCGUAACGUAUCACAAAUUUGCCAGCGAGAUUGCCGUAACGUAUCACAAAUUUGCCAGCGAGAUUGGCGUAAUGUAUCACAAAUUUGCCAGCGAGAUUGCCGGGAACGUAUCACAUAUGGCUUCCCACAGCAGAAACGAGAAUGGAGAUUUUGAGCAGACUUUAUUAAAUGAAGGGGUCAGUCAAUCUACGUUAGAAAGACUGCGGAAAGAGGCUAUUACAGACUGGUCAACACUGACCAUUCUCACCCCUGAGGAUAUCUCCGAAUUAGGACUUCCGGUCGGCCAGAAAGCUAUCGUGAGGAAAUUGAUUCAACGAAAACCACCGGAUAAUAAUGGGCAAACCACUAGAGGUCUGCAAGUCAGGUCAAAUUUCCACGACAAAGAACGAGAAGCUGUCCUUUCAGAAACUGCGACUGAAUACGCGGGAGCGAACACCUUCUCAAGAGAGCAAAGAUCAAAGAAACACUCCGGGAAAACUCCCGUCCCACUACCUCAGGCUUUCAAUAAAACUACCACGAAUGAACUUCCACCGCGGAAAUCACGAGAGCAACGUAGUCCUCACGGCGUCCACUUCCCUGAAGACAUGUUAGCACCUGACCCAGAUGACGACAUGUAUGAGGCGCCCGUGGCCACAAACGGUAAGCAUUCUGUAAUGAAUGUCCGACAUAAUUCCAUACCGGACGAAGAGGCCCCGGAUGUUCCAUUGAGACAGAGAAGUAAGCCAAAGACACAGCGAAGUUUAAGUGAAGGGGAGACAACCAUGCGUGUUGUAAAAAUAAAGGAAGAUAACACAGGUGACCACGAGGUGGAGCUAAAUGUCUCGUGUCUAGAGACAGACGGAAAGGGGAAGAUCAUCCUAGAGCUCACGACAGCUCACCAAGAUGUAGUGAAGCCACUUCCGGCUAGAAUUUUGCUGCUGGUAGACACGAGCGGAAGUAUGGGGAUCAAAGUGGGCAGAACACGACGAAGUAAACUUAACCGUCUGAAAGCGUUUGUCAUGUCAAUGGUUAAAAUUCUAGACGACGGUGAUCAGGCGGCACUAGUGACUUUCGGGGAAGAUACUAAAGUUCUGCUUCCCAUGACGGAGAUUAACGAUCGAACACAGGACACGCUGACGAGACAAUUAGACGCGCUGGACAAAACCUUCCUGUCACAAAAAACAGAUCUGAGUGCUGGCCUAAUUACCUCCCUUGAUGUGUUUGGUCGUGUCUGCAAAAGCCAGAAUGACCUUCUCAGUUACCGGAACAGCAUCAUUGUCUUCUCGGACGGCGAGAUUAACAUGGGGACACAGGAACCACAGCGACUGGUCCACGAGGUACGCGAAAAGAUCCGUUCAAUGUCGUUCGGCCUAGAUAACACACAGAACCAAUGGGUGUCCAUAUCUACAGUAGUGACCGGAAGUAGUCCAUCUGAGAUCAUGUACUCUCUGUCCAAAUUCUGCAGCAGUGACGCAUUCUAUCACCUCGACACUGACAAGUCAUCUAAAUCAGAUGUUGAUUUGUUUCUUCCGAUCAUGAUGCGAAAGACUGCUAUAGCUUGGAAUGUUUCCCUUCAUGUCGCAUCUCUGAACGGUGCUACGAUUAUCAAUGCCGACUGUACCCAAGAGAAUAAGGUACGUCUGCGCGGACAUAAAAUGGCAGAAGGUGAAAAAACCGAAAAGGCGUAUUUCUUUUAUGAUAUCCAAGCAGCUUCGGAGAAACACGUCGGUAUCGUUAUAGACCUUUCGGGAGUUAGCGAAAAUCCGGAUGUCGUUGUUUUAACUGCAACCAUACAUUUUACGGGUGUAUCCGGUAAGCGACGUUAUGUCACAAGGGACGUAACUCUGGGUGAUUUGACGACGAAUGACCAAUCGAAGAAAAAGGAGGCACUAGAAGACAUAUACAUGCACGAGGCUCGAAUUUUAUCCCAGGUAGCUGUAAGUAAGGCCGCGGAGGAACUAAAAACAGGUCGCGCAGAGAAAUCCCGCACUCGCCUCAUCGAGGGACAAACGGACCUUCAGCGACUUAUGGAGAGUUACGGGCAGAUGGCGGAAGUGGAAGAAGUGAAAAUUGAUAUUACACCGCAUGCAGAGUCCGUAAUCAAGAAUUUACAGUCUCUACUCGACGCUAUUGAGUCGGCUACUGGAAAUGACGAAGAUGUGAACGGUAAAAACUGGAUACGAAUGAAAGCCGUAUCUUCCGCCAUCACUCGGGAAGCUCCGACAACUUCCGACACCGUCGCCGACAAUGAUAUUCUGUGUCCGCUUCCAAAAGUACGACAGGUUAGCUCAGAGAAUAUCCGGGAACAAAUGGUGCAUGUGUACCGGAAACAAGGUGUUCGGAACAGCAGUUUCAUAAACAUGGACCAUACUAUGAAAGAACUGUCCGCUAGUUUACGAAUGAGGCCGAUUUCAGAAUAAGAAAGAACACUUUAUAACACUCUCUGGGGAGUAUUUGAACGUGGAGUAACGGAAACGCCUAUAGAAAGAUGACGUCAUUUUAAGCUACUUAGUAUGUAAGUAAUUUGUAGAUGAAUAUGUCCACCGUCUGUUGGCAUUUGAAGUGUUAUGUUUUGUCUUAUACACGUUCGAUUGUCUCAUAAUACAGCGGUUAACGUCUCAUGUCUGCAAAAUUCGCCUACAGUAUAUUUUCGUUUUGUAUGAACAAACAAAUGUAAUUAACUGGUCGCCACAAGUGACUGACUAAGUAUUGACCUAUUGGUUUCCGCCUGCUACUCCAAUUCUUAUCUUCAGCACGGGUUCAAAGUCUGUUACAGAGGGAAAAGCAGAAUGUAUUUUCUGCAGAAACCACGUACAUAUUACAGUAUUAAGCACAUUUUCAGGUCUCAAGUCGAAGUCAAAAUAUUUAUGUCUUGUUUCGAUAUAUCUUUAUUUAAAAUAGACUCCGAAUGUACAGAACUUCAAAGAUGGCCACAUUUGUGGAAAUUGCUUUUGUUAUGAAAUACUAUAUAUAUAUAUAUAUAUAUAUAUAUUUCAUCAAUCAUUUCACAAAUGACGAAAGAACAUGAACGUAUUUGUAUAUAUUAGGUCAUUUUCCCUAAUUAGGGUAUAUUUUGUCAACAGCAUAGUUCAACAAUGAAUAAAUGUUUAACAUAUAGAAGUCACGUCAUACAUUCUGGCAUAAAUAUUAUGAAAUUGUGAAAGAUAACAUGGGCGAAUAAAUGCUUUACCGGAUAAAGGUAUAUCUGUCUCGUCAAAUCUUGUCAUUUAAAUAACUCACUGUGAAUGUACAGCGUUGUUAUGUAAGAAAUAUGGAUGAACCCCAUUAAAUUGACCGUUUAAAACUUUUACUGUCACAACAAUGUAUUUAUCUUUGAUGUUUUAUAUAAGCUAUAUAUAUUGAUUUUAAAUGUAUUUCAUGAUAUUUUAUCCAAUGCUCGAUAUUAUA